AUGCCGAAAGCCGAGGUGGGAUCGACUAAGCACCUGUCUAACAAGCUCAAGAGCAAGGGACUUCAGCGGCUGCGAUGGUACUGCCAGGUGUGCGAGAAGCAGUGCCGCGAUGCCAACGGCUUCAAGAUGCACACGCAGUCUGAGAGCCACGUGCGGCAGAUGCUCGUCGUCGGCGAGGACCCCAAGAAGUUCAUCAACGAGUACAGCAACCAGUUCCUGCGCGACUUCCUGCAGCUCCUCAAGACGGGCCACGGCGAGAAGCAGGUCCAGAUCAACCAGUUCUACCAGGAGUACAUCGCCAACAAGGAGCACAUCCACAUGAACGCCACCAAGUGGCCGUCCCUGACUGAGUUUGCCAAGCACCUCGGCCGCGAGAGCAUCUGUCGCGUGGAGGAGAACGAAAAGGGCAUCUUCAUAUCCUGGAUAGACAACUCGCCCGAGGCGCUGCGACGUCAGGAAGCGCUGCGCAAGAAGGAGGCGCAGGACCAGGGCGACGAGCAGCUCGAGCAGCGCGUCCUCAAGGAGCAAAUCCGGCGCGCGCAGGCGCUCGCCGCGCAAAAGCAGAACAAUCAAGAAGAGGACGAGGAAGCCCGAAACUUGAAACGGAAAGAUGGCGAGAAAAUCACAUUGUCGUUUGGUUCGAAACCCAAGACGGAGGCGUCGGAGGCGAAACCCGCAGAGUCAACACCCGAGCAAGGGGCAUCUAGCGAAGCCGCUCAGAGUGGCGAGCCCGACAAGGCAGCGGCAAAGCCCGCCGGAUUCGGAGGGCUAUCCAUGAAGGUGGGCGGCAAGCCUCAAGUCAAAAACGUCUUUGCGCAGGCCAAGAAGAAGAACGCGCUCGCGGCAGCAGGGUCAAAAAAAGAGAGCAAACCCGAGGAGCCGAAGAAGAUGAGCGAAGUAGAGCGGAUUAUGAGGCAAGAAAUGGAAAGGAAACGGUCUCGAGAGUCGGCCGGGUUCAGCAUGCCUUCAGGCAAGAAGCAUCGAAGCAGCUGA